CGAAGGUUGCAAGUAGUAUUCUGUUGCACUUAAAUUAAUUGUCAAUUCAAAGUUCUUUGCAUUCAAAGUUCAGCAAGUGAAUGUGAGCCAAAAUGUACAGUUUUCUUUGGAUUAGUUUACUAUAAAGGGGAGGCAAAUUAAUAUAUAAGUAUUCUUCAAUUGUGGUGAAAUUAAGUCAUCCAACACUUCUAAAAGUAAAAGUCAUCGCCUAUAGAGAGUCGUAAUCCAGCGAAAGCACUCAAGGAGAAACUAAUUACUCACAGCAUUCAGUUUCGAGAUACAUUUAUGAGUAGAAUUGAAUUUACUGGCAUUUUAUCAAGACAAGUUGUGUCGACAAGAGCUGGUCACCGCACUCAAGGUUGUAUAUCUCAACGCAAAUCGAGUAUCCAAAUGGCUUCUAUACUGGACCUACCGAAUGAGUGUUUGAUAAUGAUUUGCAAAAACUUGAAGUACCAUGACCUGCAGUACUGGAGCAAUAUAUGUAAACGAUUUGAACACAUCUAUUUCGAGUAUUGUCACAAUUGGAUGGAAGUAAAUGACAAUUUAGCGAAAAAUUAUGGUCAUCUCAUUGGGACCGGCGACUUUCCGCUGCGAACUAUAAAGAAACUUAAUUUGUCGAAGUCAAAAUGUACGAAAUACUUUCUAAAUAAAUUACGCGAAUGCCAUAAGGAGAUUGAAGAGGCGACACUGUAUUCAUUCACCGAUGAGUAUUUGGCGGAACUUAUGCCAUUACCAAAUCUGAAGAAACUGGAAUGUUACAACUUCUAUAAUUUCAGAGGUAGAGGCUUAAUAGAACUCGACAGUCUCACGGAGCUGCACAUACUCAGUAGCUCGUUUCUUGAUCCGAAAUACUUGCUGCAAUUAACAUAUUUCAAUCCACUGAGGAUACUUGUAAUGCGCAACGACCAAAACAUGUUUUCGGAAAGAUACGCCUUUGAAAUGGUCGAAAACCUUAAAAAUGUCGAGGAACUCGAAAUAUCAUUCAACCCCAGUAAAUCGUGGCAACUGGUUGGCACUCUUCCGAAAUUGCAAAAGCUCCAGAUCUGGCGUUUCGAUAGUUAUCAGUGCGAGACGUGCUUGAAUGACCAAAAUUUAUAUAAAAGAUGCAAAAUGCAACAUGGUAAACUCUUCUUUGACGAAUUACUUCGGAGGAAUCAGUUAGAAGAAUUGGAACUUUCAGAUGGUUCCGUGUCUGAGCAACAUCUCUUGAGAAUUUCGAAGCUAACAAACUUGAAGCGUUUAACAUUAUGGCGGGCUGCCUUAACGCACUCCCUAUCACUGGGUGUCUUUAAAGAUUUGGUGAAUUUGGAAGAGCUACAGCUUGACGACAGCAAAGUAAGAAAUGCGCAGGUUUUACUAGAAAUAAUAAGGUGUUGUAAGAAACUGAAAGUCCUGUUUGUUGGGAGUGUUCAUGCCAUUGAGUACUUUCUUGCGGAGGCAAAUGAUAUCUUGAGUCGCAGACAACCGGCACCACUUGAACCUUUGAAAACAGGAUUUUCCUUUAACACUUUAUCGUAUGAGCCAAACCAGUCUUUAAUCCAUAUAAUCCCAACUUUUUUCUAGAAAAAAUUUGAAGGAAAGAAAGCAAUUGCGGUUAGCUAUGAGACACCAGUAGCCAAGCGCUUAAGGCCUUUUAUUCAUAUCUCUCGUAGUUUUUGAGAAAAUAGCCGCCCCAAAAAUGGGGCGCUGGCCACACCAGGGAGCACUAAAAAUAUACUAUGUAGUUCAGUUAAUAUAAGAUGUGAUUUCAGUUUUAUUAAAGAAAAUUAUAAAUUUAAUUCAGAUUCCACUUUUUAAUUGAUUGAAUUAAAAUAAAUAUAAAUAAAAUUAUGAAUGAAAAGCCUCAAAACAGUUUGUGUGACAUCCAACAUCACAUUUUCGACACUUUUUAGUUGUGUUUUUAUGGCACAUUGCACAUCUUAUUUGAGUUGCAUUUGAAAUUAUUAUGUGGCCUUGACCAUCAAGGCGAACUCCGUCUGGAACUCUACGUCUUUUGCAACAAGGCUUCAAGGGGCGAUCCAUACGUGGAAGGGAGUAAUUUCCUAAGCAAAGAAGUAAUUAUGGCAAAUAGAAACAUGAAUAAUGAAUAUAUUUAUUGAGAUAAAUGCAAGAUAGUCUAAUGAACGAUUUUCUU